CUCAGACUACAGGGGUUCUUAUUAUCAUAGCUAGGAAUUGAAAGUUCGAGUUCGAGAUGCCUGUUCGAUAUUCCCAAGGAGGUGAACACCACGACAGAGAUGAAUAUUCUUUCUACACACGAGACCAUGGAUCACGUGAUUUUGCACGGUCACGAAGAUUCGGCGGAGAAGAUGCAGAAGAAGGUCGAACGAUGUCGCUAGUAAGCUCUCCUUUGCAAGUUCCACUUGUUGGGAGAAGAAGCGUAUCCCCCUCACAUAGAAGCAGUCAAGCUCCACAACAACAACAAUUUAAAUUCAACAAUGCCGACGACGACGAAAUUGAAGAAGAAAUUAAGCAUAUGCAGGAGAGACGUAGACAAUCCGUAGAAAACCGUCGCAGACUUGACCUCAAAACAUACGACGAUUAUGACUUUGAUGAGCCAUUGGAACCGUUAGUACCGACAUAUCAACCUCGUAUUGGAAGAUCUGGUCUCAGAUCAAAUGAUAUCAGAUACGGUUCGCCUUCACCCAGAGGACCCAGACGACAACAAAGACCGCAGAUGGAUGAUUACAAUGAAACAUACGAUGACGUAGAUAUAGAAACAUCUCGUCAACAUCAACAGCGCUCUGUUCGCCAUCAGCAAUAUGAAGAUGAGCCGCGCCGUCAGCCUUCAAGACAACAAAAACAAGAUGAGGAAUUGCAGUCCAUACUCAACUGGAGAAAACGAUCACAGGAGCCUCUAGUUCAUACCGACUUUGGAUACGCUGUACCUCCGAUGAGAAAGCGAGGAGACCCUGGCAUGGCUGAAGAAGACGAAAACAUCCGAUCAGUGGCCGGAUACAUUGCAAAAAGAAAACAGUUUGCCGUCGAAGACGAUGAUGAAAUGCAAUACUACAAGAACCCUAACUAUCAAUACCGCUACCGAGGAAUUGAACGUCCACUUGUUAUCACCGACAGGGAUGUCGAAGAAAGUCUGGAGCGAGGAAAACUAGACAAAGCUCCAAUGUUUGAUAUGAAACUGAGAUCACAUGUAGUGUGGGAAAAGAUGAACGUCAAAUUUACCUGCACAGUGCGUGGAAGUCCCACACCCCGAGUCACAUGGUACAAAGACAUGGUGCCACUCGAGCCAUCGCUGUGUAGUCCAGGAAAAUUUAAAAUAUCAAACCAGUUUGGAUUACACACUCUAGAGAUCUGCAGGGCUUCAAUCGAAGACUCUGGUACCUACCGGGUAUCAAUGCAAAACCGAAAAGGAGAAAUUUCAAGUUAUGCUACAUUGGUAGUACGACGAUACGACGGAGGCAGAAUAGGAGUCGUCGAUUUUAAAUCCGGAUACAACUUGAAGAAACCGACAGAUUAUCCAGACGUAGAAGGGCUCAAUAUACCUGGUUACCCCCGAUUCGUUGUUCCAUUGUACGGGAAGACAGUGCAAGAACGUGAAGCAAUGAUUAUUACUUGUGAAGUUGACGGAUCUCCCGACCCAGAAGUAUUUUGGACUCUGAAUGGAAGAACUAUUGAAGAAACUUUGUCACAUAUUCAGUCUUCAUUUGAUGGAAAACAAGCAACAUUAACGAUAUUAAAAGUUCACACUGACGACGAAGGAGAAUAUUGCUGUCGCGCUUUCAAUUCAAGUGGUGCAGCCACUUCACGAUGUUACGUUAGAGUUCAGGGUUCGGAUGCCCCGCCUUCAGCGCCAUCAUGUGUCGAGAUAUCGGAAGCAACCCGUGAUUACGUCAUGUUGUCAUGGAAAGGCCCUGGUUACGUAGGACAUUUUGGUGGAGCACCAAUUGAAGGAUACAUAAUAGAAACAGCUGAAGCAGGAUCUAGUAUUUGGAAACCGUGGAAUAAGACACCAGUAAGACUUACAAAGACACCAAUAACUGGCUUAGGAGAAGGGAGAGUGUAUUUCCUCCGUGUCCGAGCCGUCACUAGAUGGGGUACCAGUGCAGCAUCUCUACCUUCUGCCGCGGUUGCUAUUAGAGAUGCCGGAUCCCCAAGAUUACAACAAGAAUUUGAAGAUCCUUCUAGUCUUCUUCCUCCCGAAACAGACGAAAUAUCAGUAGAAGAAGAGGACGGAAAUGAGUUGCCAGGAAUCCCAACCAAAAUUACAGCUACUUUAUCUCCUGUCGGAGACGUCGUAAAUAUUGGAUGGGCAGCGCCUGAGUGUGGUGAAGAAUGCGAUGUCGAAGGAUACCUGAUUGAAUGCAGCGAGUCAGAGGGUGAGGAAUGGAAAACUGUGACUAGCCAACCAUUGCAAACCACUGACCCAUAUCCGGUAACAGGGCUUGCUCCAGGAAAAAGUUACAAAUUCCGAGUAUUUUCCGUAAAUUCUGUCGGUUGUAGCGAGCCCAGCGAAUGCUCUACUGUCGUUGAAAUUGCAAAUCCGUCCCAAGAGUCAUCAACAGAACCAUGUGUUGCUGAUAUUGAAGACAUUAAAAAACCAACCGAAGAUUGCAGAGAUUCUUGUGAAAAUGCCGAACAAUGUAGUAAUAAGUCACAAGAAGAAAUAGGAGCCUGCGCUGCAAUGCCAAAUGAUGAUGGCAAAACUGAUGUCAAACAGCAGAGCGAGGUUGAGAACAGUACAGACAUUAUCAAAGAAAAUGGAGGGGCUGAUGCUGUGGUGAAGCCAAAAAGCGCUGUGGUUAGAAGUAAACUUCCAAGUGCUCCAGUGGAUGUCAAAGGAUUAACUGCAACCCGAGAAUACAUCACUGUUGGUUGGACCCCACCAUUCAAAACAGCAGGAGAAGAUCCGAUGUAUUACAUUGAAAUGAAGAUGGUUGGAUCUGAGGGAUGGAAGAUUUGUAAUCAAUCACCAAUCACUCUGACACAUUAUCCAGUAUCAGGCGUGAAGAGCGACCAAUCUUACGUAUUCCGAGUGCGAGCUGUCACUUCAAGAGGAACAAGUCAUUUCUCAGAAGAAAGUGAACCAAUCAUUGCAACUGAUGGAAUAAAUCCACCAAAUUGGUGGGGUGGAGUUCAGGGACUAAUCAGAGUUGCAGAUGAGAAAGGAAGACCAUGUGUCACUAAAAAUUCCGUUAAAAUAUGCUGGGAUCCUCCAACUACUGAUGGUGGUUCGUCCGUUACCGGAUACUUUUUAGAAUAUCGCCCUGCUGGUGGCAAAUUCCGUCCUGUAAACAACAAGCCUUUGAAUCAGAGGCAUUUCACUGUGGAUGGAUUGAACACUGGAGAAGAAUUCGAGUUCAGAGUUAGAGCGUGCAAUAUUGCUGGAAGCGGUGAUUGGAAAAUGCUUCCAGGACGUGUAUUGGUGAAAGAUCCAGAGCCUCCCACUUAUCCUAGCAAUCUCCUCAUAACGGCGAUGGACGUGGAAUCAGUUUCGUUGAAAUGGAAAGCACCAGAAUGCAAGGGCGACGCAGAAAUGAUUGGAUAUGUCGUUGAAAGAUGCAAAGAAGGAAGCGACAUCUGGAUCCCUUGUAAUAAAAUGCCGGAGGAAAUCAGAGAUGAAAAGUACAAAGUAGAUGGAUUAGUCACAGGACAAACUUAUUUCUUCCGCGUGAGCGCUGUAAACAAAGUUGGAACCGGAAAACCAUCGCUUAUGUCGUGCUUCGUAACUCCUGGAGAAGACUGGGAAUUAGUUGUUGUUCGUCAAAAUGCAAUGUUAGAAAUGAGACGGAAAAAGCAGGAAGAAGAAUUGGCGAAGAAACGUGCAUUGGAGGAAGAAGAAAGACGACAAGCGUUUGUAAGCGGCAUUGAAGAAAACAAAGUUGACUCCGGGACAAGAGCAUUCUUUGAAUGCAUCGUCAAAGAUCCGCAUACACAAGUAAAAUGGUGCCUUGGAAAUAACAAAGAGGUAAUCGUUGAACCAGAAGGAAAAUAUGACAUAGUUCACGUCGGAAUCAAACGAUCUUUGGCGAUAAAUAAUUGUCAGAUAUCUGACAUACAACUUGUGCACUGUGUUGCUUUGUAUAAUGACUGCGCUACAUCUGCUUAUUGUAUCGUUGAUGGAAUGGUUCCGGUUGUCUUUGUUGAAUGUCCGGAAGAUAUUUACAUCAAUAGAGGAGAAACUGCUUCUUUCUCAUGCACACUAACACGAGAUGACGCCAAGGUGACGUGGUUGAAGAACGGUGUGGAAAUUUCUGAAUCAGAUGAAAGAUACGAAAUAAUAAGCGAAGGAAACAAGAGAAAUCUUGUUCUGAAGAAUUGUGCUGUAAAUGAUGUUGCAUCCUACACAGUUGCAGGAUUUGGUGGUAGUUUCACCGCCCAUUUGGUUGUUGACGGAGUUCUUCCAGCUCAAUUCACUAAUUCGGUUCACGGAGGAGACUACGGUCACGAAGAAGAGGAGGCUGAAUUCGACUGUGUUAUACUUCCAUCUGCCUUGUAUAAAGAUGGAAAAGAGCCAGAAUGUGCUUGGUAUCACAAUGGUGAACGCGUGGAGGAAGGCGAUGAUAAGUAUGAGAUAAUAAAAGAUGGCAACAGAAGAAUUCUUAAGAUUCUUAACCUAAACUACGAAGACAGUGGUGAAAUCAUUUGCAAAUGUGGAGGAGAUGAAACAAGAUGUGAAAUAGAUGUUGAGAGACCACCACCUCCCCCUCCUAAGGCACCAGUACUGCAGGCAGAAGAUGCAGCAAUCAACUUUUUGCAAGGCCUGCGAUCGGAAGCACUUCCUGGAAGCAUUCGAUUAUAUUGUUUAGUUGCAAAACUUCGCGAUGAUGUCAAAAUAUUUUGGUACAAGGAUGAUGUAGAAAUUGACACUAAGGAAAAACAAUAUUCUUGUGUCAUUGAUCGAGAAUCGGGACUUGUAUCUCUUGUUUUCAAUCAUCCAACGCCAGAUUAUUCACACGGAACCUACACUUGCGAAUUCAUCACUAUUCAUUCAACAUUUGAUACCAAAGUAAACUUCAACUUUGGCGAUGGAGAAUACGAUCAUGUCUACAAGGAUGCCAUAAAACUGAAGGAAGACGAAGAACGAGAAAAACAACAACGUUUAGAAGAAAGAAAGAAAAAGAGAGCAGAGUUGAGAAAGAAACGUGAAGAAGGAGAAAAGAAAGCCAACGAAAAUGGAACUCCUGUAAAGACAAAGCCUACACCAAAACAAGCUGUAGGAGUUGCAAUGACUUCAGACGGAAUCACAUACGAUGUAGACCAAGAUGCACAUUUAGUUUUGCAAGCUGAAGUAACUGGAAUGGAUUCUGGAGCCAAUAUAACAUGGAUGAAGAAUAGUGUUGUUAUAAUCGGGGACAGAUUUGAUAUGACUCUUACCGAUAACCAAGUCAAAUUACUGAUAAAGGAUCCUACUGAAGACGAUGCCGGUACAUACACUUGUAAAAUUAAAACAAAAACGAGUUCAACAGAGAUGAGUGCUGAUGUAACAGGAAAAGUUUUCAAAGAGCUCCUCGCUAAAAGUAACAAAAUUCGACAAAUAUCUUCAAUCGAAGAAGAUGGAGUUCAAGAACGAGUUAAUGACGUCAUCGACGAGGUCACGGAAAAUUUUGAUGACGGAGGACUUGCCCUAAUGAAGGAAGAAAAAAAUAUUAAUGACACAACAGAAAUACAAAUAGACGAGGAAGUUCAAACAACUGAAGAAAUAGCUAUACAAAAGACACCUGAUGAUAAUCCAACUGAAGAACCAAUAACAGAAGAUGAUGGAACUGACAAAAAAGCUGAAGAAGAGACAAUCACUGAACAAUAACAAUAUGGACUGCAUUUGUUACCAAUAUGUAAAAAGACCACCAACGAAUGCAAUUUUCUAAGAAUUCAAACAUAGUUUAAUCUAUUUUUGUGAAAUACUAGAAGCUAUAGUUUUCACAAGAAGAUUAUAUCCUUUUAAGAUAUAAUACAUUAUAUGAAUAUACUUUUAUCAUAUAUUAUAUUACCUGAAAGACAAUGAAUGAUGUAUGAAAGUAAGAAAUGAAAUUGCCACCACGAUGUGAAAAAUGUCGAUCAGAAAUGCACUUUUCAUGAAUUCAAAAAAUAUUACUAUAAUGUUGCUUAACUGUAUUUUCAAAAAACUUUAUACGUUUUUUGCAAUUUAAUGUAUCACCUAGAUAUAUGUGCUCAAUUAUCUUUAUAAUGACAUGGAGCAAUUUCAUUGUUAAUUUAUGUCUUAUUGUAUAUCUUUCUUAGUCGACUUCUGGCUUCUUCAAUAUUUAGCUUUGUCACGGUGAACAACUUCACUGCAUAAGACAUUAUAUAGGACUUAUAUGAUUCCUAUAUCAACAUAAUAUAAUGUAUUGAUUACGUAAACACAGGUAGUAACAAUUUACUGACUACUGAUUAUUCCACUGUUUUGCGCAUGAUGCUUCACAGCACUUACUGGGUAUUCUAGUUGUGUGGUUCUAAUAUUAUAAAAUACCUUAGUCAAUGCAAUCUAGAGAAAGGAUGGUUUCUGAUAAAAUGAGAAAUAUUCUUAUUUACUUUUUAUGCACUUUUUAUAUUAUAUUGUCACCAAUAAAUUUGUAAAUAUUGUA